AUGGGCUUCGAUUUUACCGGUAACGACUACUCUCAAUUGGAGCAGCAUGUGUAUGACAAGAGCUACAUCGAAGGUUACGCACCCUCCCAAGCUGAUGUAGUAGUUUUUCUAGCUAUCGCCUCGUCCCCCGACGUGAAGAAAUAUCCUCAGUCUGCCCGAUGGUGGGCGCACAUCAAGAGCUGGGAGAGUGAACACGCUUCCCUGCCAGGCGAGAAGAAGGAAUUAUCCUCUUACGGUCCUGCCAAAGGGUCCACCUCAGCUCCUGCUGCUGCCGCUGAUGGCGAUGACGAUGAUGACAUCGACCUCUUUGGGUCUGAUGAUGAAGAAGUUGACGAGGCCGCUGAGAAGCUCAAGGCUACCCGUCUCGCAGAGUAUGCCGCUAAGAAAGCUAACAAGCCCAAGACCAUUGCCAAGUCACUGGUCACGCUUGAUGUCAAGCCUUGGGAUGAUGAGACCGACAUGGCUGAGCUUGAGAAAUGUGUACGGUCUGUCGAGAUGGACGGGUUGGUCUGGGGUCUGAGCAAGCUGGUACCUGUUGGGUACGGAGUUCGCAAGAUGCAAAUCAGUUUAGUGGUCGAAGAUGAGAAGGUCUCUUUGGAUGACCUCCAAGACAAGAUUUCCGAGUUUGAAGACUACAUCCAAUCCUCUGACAUCCAGGCCAUGCAGAAACUCUGA